AGAAGCAUGGCAGGAGAACCGUGGAAUAGAGUAAACCUCCCCUUUCCCAGCUGUGUUUCUACUGUCCGUAUACAUUUUACCCACAAAACAGAUGUAAAUGUGAAAGCUCUUUUGGUGGAAAACGACAAAGUCCUCAAGCUUAUUCACAGUGAGAUUCUUCAAACAGAAAUAAGGGUUCUCUACGAGCUGCUGUACAUCCUUAAUAACAGCUACAGAGGCAACAAGACGUUCAAAGGCUUAAAGCAGGUUGAACAAUGCAUAAACAGACUGAAGAACAUGAAGUUCGAUGUUGCUCUUCAGGAACUGAUAGAUCUGUGUCCCAAUAGGAUUCAAAGAGGACUGAGCAUCAAGGCCGGUGAGUGUGACGUUCCCAGUCAACCCAUGCUGGAGUGGCUCUGUCUCAAAGUGCUGGGCGCUGCAAACCUGAUGACCUGCACCUUGAAUCGCUGCAGUAGAGCUUUUGUACUCACUAAGCAGCAGAUGAAAUGGGAGGAGUUUGUUAUCUUGAAUGUUGUGAUAACCAGCUUGCUCAGUCGACUCUGGGUGAUUUUCCGUGGGGUCCUGGCCAGUCUGUCAACUCUGUAUCAACAGCUCCUGGAGUUCCUUAGAGAAGUAGCCUGCCUGCAGCCGAUGCCCUUUCUCAAAGACUUCUCCCUGCCACGAGAUAUGGCUCAGUUCCUGGGUCCCUCUCUUGCAUUACUACUGACCAAACGGCUAACACAAAAUCUCCAUGCCAAAGACCACAAGAUGCAGCAGAGGAAGAACCCUUCUUUUACAGUUAAGAAGCGACAGGCAAUGAAGGUUAAAGAAGACCUUGGUGUUGCUAUUGAAAGAGAUCUGGUUCAUGAUGCUGACAUGAAGCCUUUUUUGAAGAUUUUCAGGAAUUUUAGCGAGGGCAAGUCCGUCCCACAGGAAUCACACAAAGCUGAGAAGAAGCAAAUGUUCAAGAAACAAGUAAGAGAAGCAGCUACUUUCACAGACAUGGCGACACAUCUCGAAGAAAUGAGCCUGUGGUGCAAAUCCCAAAAGAUGGAAAAGGAAAAACGCCUUUUAUCCUUCCUGCGUUUAAAGUGCCAACGGAUGAAAUGCCUCGAGGCUGCAGGUUACAAUGUCCAACGGAAGUUGCAGACCUUCAGAGAGGAGACUUGCGGGGCUUUCUCUCCUCAAGGGUCAGUGCCAAACACCUGUCGGCCUUCUGCUCCGAUGAGGAGAAAUGUUCACUUGAGGACUCGUUUUCAGUCACUCAGGAGGCGAUUGAAGUCUCGUACAGUCAGCGUUGGUGUCAAAAAGAAACAGAUUAAGAGACAAAGGAAUAGGACUGAGUUAUCAGUGUCUGCAGCUUCAGAGGACAACCAAAGAAGCAGGACUAUAGAUGACAUAGAUGAUAUUUUUGCCUCUGCUGGUUUGUGACACUGCUGAAUUAUACACAUCCGAGAAAACACUGUACUAUGAAGCUGAGUUCAAUGUGUGACACAUUCCUCUGUUUUAAAAGGGAACAUGGAUGGAAUAUAUUGAAUUACUGUAUGAGAACUGAUGAGUGUAUGUCAUAUGAGUGAACAUUUUACAAAUCUUGAACAGCUGCAGAUUCACAGUAUGCUACUGUGAAUCGACACGGAGAUGAAAAACCUUGUUUUACUGAUCUCUCCUGGUUUAAACUUUAGAGUCAUUUGCACCUCUGCUCACAAAGCAUCACUGCGGGAAUGUUGGGAUUCGCCAACGUAAGAACUCAAUCAGCAGAGGUCAGGAAAGAGACUUUAACUGGUUACAUUUUACUUACAUUUAAAGCAGAUUUUUGGGGACAUUUUGCCUUUUAGUGGCUAGGACGAUAGAGUCAGAGAGAGAAGUAUGAUGUGCAACUAAAAUACCUGACUUGAAUUAAACUGGAGACGUGGUAUGUGCAAUAACCAUUCACCUGUCAGGACUCCCAAGAUGAUGAAAUAAAACAGUGGGGUGAUGUAACAGUUUAAAUGGAGAAACUUCAGAGCAGAGUAAAUCAUGAACGUGUUCUGCUCCUGUCAAUUACCCCUUGCUCUGAGAAUGACAAGACCAUUGAAUGCUUUUUGUACAAAUAAACCUUCAAAGCCCUGUCACACAUGCAGUCAUUGAUGCCUUACAUAGUGACAGCAGAUGAGGGAGAUUGGGAACAGCAUGCACUAAAGUGCCUUUGCCAGAGUUGAAACCGUUGAUGUUGCAGUUAUGUGGCAUGUUUCUUCACUAGUACACUACAGUCACACUUUCUGCCAGCUGCAGCACCCACAAGAUGGAAUGUGCUUACUAGGGAAUUAAUUUCACAUCUGCUUCCUCCUUCUUAAGACAGCAGUGUAAUACUUUUUCCAAUGCAUGCUGAAGUAAAACCAUGAGAUACUGCAGACUAGCUCAUAUGAAGUUGUAAAGGAGAUAGAUAACUCUAUAAGUGUUACAGUCUUGAUUUGACAUCAAAUUGAGAAAACUGAGCUUGUUUUAGGUCUCUGGUGGCUGCUGUGGCUCCACCUGGUGGAGUUGAGACAUUAAUGCACUCAAUGGUUCUGAGAAUCUCAACCCUGUUAAUUGUAAUUCCACAGACAGCAUCAGUGUGAGAAAUUGAAUUAAAUUGAAUUUGUGCCUACAGAGACUGAGUGCUGAUAUGAACAAAAAACGUGCUGGCAGUGGCAUGCAUUCAUUGGUGGAGUGGCCUCAGCUCUCCAGACUUUGAAGUAUUGUAAAAGAUCCGCAAAGGCACAAGUGCCAGCACAUCGAAACCAUGCAGGUGUCUGGCUGACCACAGAGGCCCUCAUUGAGUGAAGGCUGUGCACCAAAUUAGAAUCUAAGGGAUACGUUUUGUUGCAGUCCAUAGUUUUUCUGCGUGCUAGCUUCUCAUCCUCUGCCAAGGAAGACUCUGUCAUCCCAUCUACACAAAUACGACAGUGCCAUUUCCUUCCCCCUUGCUGAGUCUGGCUUAAGUUAUAGUCUGACAUCAGCCCUCCAGCUAUAUAUGUGCAUAUAAACCUGCAGAUUCCUGAUUCCUGUGCUUUCUGGGAUUUAUCUAAAUCGAUUAGUCAAAGGUGAACUUUUGUACCCCCCUGCAGUGACUGAGAGGACAAGCCUUGUAUCUGCAUUGUGCAUACAUGGGUAGUCACAGGCAGUUUUUUUCUCUGCUGGAAGUUUGAGUGAUGCAAUCCGUAACAUGAUUUUUUACACUUGAUGGGAUGUACAAUAUAAUGGGCGAAUGAAUGAGUUGAUAUACAUACCAGCAAAACAUUUUGGACACUUCUUUGAACUUGUCCAAUGAUAUUUUUACUCACCUGAAAUGUGCACAGUUUAAUCAACAUGUGCUACACUGAACCACAAACUUUUUGUAAUGAUCAUAUUUAAAAAAAAAAAAAAAAAAAAAAAAAAAGAAACAUUUUUCUGUCAUCUAGCAAAUCUUUGUCUAAGUAGAAGGGAAAGCACCAGAUUAUAAAUUAACCUAUCAUGUACUGACUAUAAAAUGCGCUAGUACGGUUGA